AUGAGCCACCACGACGCGUCGAAGUCAUUUCCUGCCCUGGCACCAGGUCCACCUCGCACAUUCGCACCCCAGACGCAAAUAGCCGUUAGUAAGGCAAAAAAGAACUCAACUGCCUGUUUGGCAUGCAAGGCAGCCAAGAGGAAGUGUUCUGGGCCUCCUAACCCUUGUAAGGCCUGUAUCAGCGCCGGUACCGAAAAUGACUGUCAUUUCGACCCAAGCCGAGAUCUGAGACGCAAAGUUGCCGUGAAACGAACUAUCCAAGAGUUGUCAGAUUACAAAGAUCUGUUUGAUUCGUUGCUGUCGGCCAUACGUGCAGCAGAUUCGGACAAGUUAGAAAAAAUCGUGGGACUGGUCAAGGAUAAUGGAUCCCUCCACGAUAUCGCUUGUGCCGUGGGGAGUCCUGUCACUCGAUUCACGGACUCCAAAGUUCUGUCAGCCACGAGCCUGUCCAUAACCGAAGACGUAGAUGGCAGUUUUGAUGCCCGACUCAUGGAACAGGAGAAAGCCAGAAACAGAAGGCCUUCAGACCUUGAGUCAGCUUCUAGUAUGUCAGAGCAAGACAAGCCAAAGGCUUCUCCGAAAACUGCAUUUAAUCCAUACGCACGAGUCAGCUUGGAAAGUCUCUGCGAUGUGCCGCUAUUUAACGUACCGGCUAAACCGUGGACGGAAAUCACGAUCGAUAAUGACCUUGUUUCGCAUCUCGUCUCACUUUAUUUCACAUGGGACCACCCAUGCGCGCAGUUUCUUGAUCAAAGAAUAUUUCUCGAGCACAUGAGGCGAGGAUUGCCAGAGUCUGAGUUUUGCUCUCCAGUGCUGGUCAAUGCUAUUUUGGCUGUAGCAAGUGCGUACUCGGAUCGUCCCGAUGUGCUCUCAGACUCGGAGAGUACCUUCUCGCGCGGUCGAAACUUUCUCGCGGAGACAGAAAGGUUGCUACGUGCCGAAGAAGGAGCCCCACGCCUAACAACUGUCCAGGCUCUUCUUUUGAUGUGUUGUGUACUCUUUUGUCAAGGCAAAGGAAACAUGAGCUGGCUUAUGCUGGGGCAGGCGAUCCAUAUGGGGAAAGAUUUGGGACUUUUUAGGCAUCAUAGGAAUCGAAAUGCCAAAUAUAAGGGGAAGCGAUUGUCACAGGAGAUGGAAAGAGUCCGUACGAUCACUGCAUGGGCAAUAUUUAAUAUGGAUAUACAAAUCUCGACGAAGCUCCAGAAGGAUCCCAGCAUGGUGCAGCCAUUAUCCAACUGUGACCUGGGGGCCGAUAAUGACUUUGACUGGAUUCCAUAUCCGCGAUCGAAUCAAGCGAGCUAUUCCACCAACCCGGCACGUCUCCCUAUGAUGCGGACGGGUCUCGCGGAAUUGACGGAGAUCAAUAUUCAUAUACAUGAAUUGUUCGACGACGAGAACCUCCGCCAAGAUUUCCGGUCUCUAUUGGAUAAAGCGGAGGUUCCUUACAACCGUCUAGAGCAAUGGCUAGAAAGCUGGCCGGAAGCAUCACAGAUUGGACAGCAGUCGACUCCACAGCUCGUAGUACUCCGCAUCCAUUCUCUUCACGCAGUCAUGAGUCUCCUUGAGAGGUUGAUCGAACGGGAUGAGCAUGGGGACAUGGCUUUGCAAUUGCGGAAAAACUGGCGAAAAUCCGCGGUGGAAAUCACGCAAUGUCUUCGUUUUUACCGUGUCUCGUAUGGGCUUCGGCAAAUCCCUAGCCAACUUGUCGGUGUUGUGCAAUCAGCUCUCCAUGCUCUUGUCUAUCAGUUGGAAGAAAUUGAAGAGGCUAGAUAUGCGUUCAUCGAACUGUCUCAUAUCGGGGCUGGCCUAAGCCAGCGAUUCAAGCCCAUUGCAGACUCCAUCAACACAAUCCUCUCACUCUCCCAGCGCGGAACAGCGAGGCUUCCCCUUGAUGCCAUCGCGAUUCUCGACGGUGCUGAACUCCGAGGACAUCAGGAAACGAGAUAG